AUGGCCAAUCCUCCGCACGGUGGUGUCCUCAAGGACCUCGUUGUCCGAGACACUCCCAUUCAGGCUCAGUUGCUUGCAGAGACCAAGUCGCUGCCCGACAUUAUCCUGACCGAGGUGAGCAAGACAGCCUUCAAGCCAAGCGCCUCUCUGCGAUUCCCGAUCCGCUAACCUUUCUUUUGCGCUACUCUAUGGCCGCAGCGACAAUUGUGCGAUCUCGAGCUCAUCAUCAAUGGCGGCUUCUCACCUCUGGAGGGCUUCUUGAACCAGGCAGACUACCAGUCCGUGCUGGACAACAUGCGCCUCACCAACGGCGCACUGUGGCCCAUGCCCAUCACGCUUGAUGUGAGCAAGGAUCAAGCUGAGGCUCUCAAAAUUCAAGCUGGUGCUCGCGUCACUCUGCGCGACCCCAGGGAUGACAACCCCAUCGCUAUCCUGACGGGUGAGCAUUUGCGCACUUGUCACCUCACACCUCCGCCGCGUCGCUGACGAAUGAGGGCCCGCAUGCGCACGAUCUUCAGUGUCGGACUUGUACCCUGCCAAGAAGCAAGAGGAGGCCGCCAAGGUGUUUGGCAAGGAUGACCGCGCUCACCCUGCCGUCGCUUACCUGCACGACAACGUCAAGGAACUCUACGUUGGAGGAGCAGUCCAAGCCAUCUCCAGACCUCGCUACUACGACUACGUCGAGCUGCGCUACACUCCUGCUGAGCUUCGUCUGCACUUCCAGAAGGUGGCGUGGAGGAAGGUCGUCGCUUUCCAAACCAGAAAUCCCAUGCACAGGGCUCAUAGGGAGCUGACUGUGCGCGCUUCUCGUCAAAGGCAAGCCAAUGUUCUCAUCCACCCCGUCGUCGGUAUGACCAAGCCAGGAGACGUGGACCACUACACUCGCGUACGAGUCUACCAAUCCCUGAUGCCUCGCUACCCCAAGGGAAUGGCUCACCUGGCUCUCCUGCCCUUGGCCAUGCGAAUGGGUGGCCCUCGCGAAGCUCUUUGGCAUGCCAUCAUCCGCAAGAACUUCGGCGUCACUCACUUCAUCGUUGGCCGCGACCACGCAGGUCCCGGAAAGGACAGCACUGGCAAAGACUUCUAUGGGCCCUACGAUGCGCAGACUCUCGUCACCCAAUUCAAGGACGAGCUUGGCAUCGAGAUGGUUCCUUUCCAACAGAUGACCUACUUGCCGGCUUCGGAUGAGUACCAGCCAGUCGAUGAAGUUGCAGCUGGCACACAAACGCUCGACAUUUCGGGCACGGAGCUCCGUCGAAGGCUGCGCAACGGAGCGCCCAUUCCCGAUUGGUUCAGCUACGAGUCGGUCGUCAAGACGCUUAGGGAAAGCUACCCUCCCAAGGCGCAGCAGGGUUUCACCGUAUUCAUCACUGGACUCUACAACUCGGGCAAGGAUGACCUUGCUCGUGCUCUGCAGGUCAAGCUUAACGAGCAAGGUGGAAGAAGCGUGUCUCUGCUUCUCGGCGAGACUGUCAGGUCCGAACUCUCUUCUGAGCUUGGCUUCACUCAAGAGGAUCGCCACAAGAACAUUCAGAGGAUCGCCUUUGUUGCCGCUGAGCUUACGCGUGCCGGCGCAGCAGUGAUUGCAGCUCCGAUUGCGCCGUUCGAAGCGUCUCGCAAGCUCGCAAAGGAGACUGUGCAGAAGACGGGAGGUGCGGGCAACUUUUUCCUCGUUCACGUCUCUACGCCACUCCAAGUUGCCGAGCAGACGGACAGGAAGGGCAUCUACGCAAAGGCGAGAGCAGGGCAGAUCAAGGGAUUCACUGGUGUCGAUGACCCUUACGAGGACCCUACCAACGCCGACCUGACCCUCGACCUCUCUCAAAUGACCAUUGCUGAGGGAGUCCAUGCCACCAUUCUGACCUUGGAAAGCGACGGUUUGCUCCAAGUGUAA